CUGGCUCGAUUCUUCUUCUUCUUUCUUCUUUAUUUUUACUGAAGCUGAUCGUUUCUUAUUUGGGAAGCAGCAGCAUAGUUGUGGAGCUUCCUGAGGUUCAUGGAAGCUGGGGCAGAAGGUGGUGCAACUGGAAGAGAAAAUGUCACGCCAGAGGAGGUUAAGCAAAUGAAGUCAGAUCAGGAUGCAGGGGGAGAAGACCAUCCCAGGGAGUACAGAGUUGUGUAUGUUUUGGGCAGUCCUGGAAGUGGGAAGAGCACACAGUGUUCCAAGAUUUCUUCGGAGUUUGGGUUUAGCCACUUGAGCGCUGGUGAUCUUCUCCAAAAAGAAGUCGAAUCUGGUUCCGAAGAAGGAAAGAUGAUCCGGGACUUAAAGAAAGAAGGAAAGCUGGUUCCCUCAGAAACAGUUGUCAAGCUUCUGCAGCAGGCGAUGUGCAGAAGUGAAAGCAAGAAGUUCCUCAUCGACGGUUUCCCACGUAACGAAGAAAAUCUUGCUGCGGCUGAGAAUAUUAUGAAAAUCGAGCCUGAUGUCAUACUCUUCUUCGAUUGCUCAGAGCCGGAAUCAAUUAGGCGCCUUCUAAGCAGGAAUCAGGGAAGAGCUGAUGACAAUGCUGAGACCAUUCGGAGCCGUCUCAAAGUUUACUCCGAAUCGACUGUUCCCGUGAUCAAUUACUACAAUUCAAAGGGCAAAGUUCGAAAGAUUGAUGCUGAGAGGCCGGUCGAAGAUGUAUACAAGUCUGUAAAGGAGGUCCUGUCUGGUAUUGAAAGUAAGGGACAAUGAAAGCGCAACUCCAUGGCUGUACACUAUAGAAAUUAGUAUGCUUGAGCUGU